GUCAAAUAAGGCAAGCAAAAAAACAAUAAUUGAAGAUAAAACAAAAUAAAAUAAAGGACUUUAAGAAAGAGAGGAUAAGAACAAGGGAAAUAAGUGAUUUUAUUGUAAGAUUGAGGUGCCAUGAGUGGAGUGGUGGUAGAUGCAGCUGCAACAAUUCUGUUAUGUGCUCUUCAUCUUCUUCUUCUGUGUAUUGUUGAAUGUGCUCCUCAGGGUGCAGAGGUGCUUCGAUUUCCUGGCUUUGAUGGCGAUCUCCCUUCCAAGCAUUAUGCAGGGCCCUUUCAAGGUUGAUGACAAUGAAGAUUACCUUAUAAAUGGGGCAAGGGUCAAGCUGAAUCCAUAUUCUUGGAGUAAGGUGUCCAACUUGAUUUAUGUUGAUGCACCCGCUGGGACUGGAUUCUCAUAUGCUGAUAACUCAGAUGACUACAUAGUUGAUGACCCUGAGAUCAAUGCAGAUAUAUAUGAAUUUAUUUUAAAGGAUUACAAUCGCCGGCCUAGCAUGCUUUUUAACUCGGAGUCAGGAAGGAGGGAUAUGCAUGCACAACCGGCUCUCACAGUUGACCAGCUCCAAAAGAAAGGGAUUCCAAUCCCCAACGGAUGUGUUAUAUGCUUGAGUGAGGAGGAAUCGAAUCCACACCUCUUCAUUCACUGCAGUCUUGUUUAUGACCUGUGGAGCCAAGUGCUACAGCUAUUCCACCUUCAAUGGGUCACUCCACCCUCAGUCACGGCUCUUAUCUCCUCGUACUACGAUUGUCAUUGGACGAAUGCCUGUAGAAUAUUGUGGAAGGAUGCCAUCGCAGCUACUAUCUGGGUCAUCUGGGCCUUCUCAGGGAUUUCAGCAAACUCUUUUCUCAGCCAAUGUGAAAACAUCCUCUAUCUCCAACCACAGAAGCUCCAAAGACCCAACAACUGGCUGCCACCUCCAGAAGGCAUCAUUAAACUUAAUUUCGAUGAUUGCUCUCUAGGGAACCCUGGCCCUGUUGAAGCCGGAGGUGUCUUCCGAGACCAUCAUCGCAAUAUCCUGUUCACUUAUUCCGAGCACUUAGGAUACGAAGACUCUCAGUAUGCUGAAGCCAUGGCUCUGCUCUUGGAAGUAUCUGGAAUUUGGGAAAGGUGCACAAAACGUCUGACACAUCGUGUGGAAGAAAGAAGCUUGGUUGAGUACCACUUAAACCUCACCAUGAAAGGUUAUCAGGCCUUUAUAUACAAUGGAGACCAUGACAUGUUUGUUUCAUAUCUCGCAACCAUGGAAUGGAUAAAAUUGUUGAAUUAUACAAAGAUCGAGAAAUGGCGACCAUGGUUUGUAGGCGACCAAAUAGCAGGGUACGCAAUUCGAUAUGAGCAUAAUUUACUGGACGCCACAUUCAGGGGAUCAGGCCAUACUGUCCCAGAAUACACACCUAUCGAGGGUUUGGAGGCUUACAGACGAUGGAUUGAUGGCAGUGAUUCCCUAUGAAAUAAGUAUUCAUUCAUGUCUGGAAAUUCCAGAUGAUUUCAGAUGCUGAGUUUCAUGGUAUGUGAUCAGAUGAUGUCUGAUGUUCUUAAUGGGAGACAUCACGAUUAGGACACAUAAUUGAUGCCUUUAACCUUGUGAGAAGUAUGUGAUAUACAUAUUAUUUGCGCAAGUAAUAUUUUCUUGCCAGUAGUGUGAACUUGUACUGCUCAAGAUAAUACUUAAAUUUUUCUUAUAAACAACAACUCUAGUAGAAUUUCUAUGCAAAUGAUGCCCUUGU